AUGGAGUCAUCAAGAAUUAGUUUGCGUCCAUUUCGAUUAACAGACGUUGAUGAUAUAUUGUUAUGGGUUGGAGAUGAUCGCGUAACUCGUACCAUCCGAUGGGAUACUUUGACCACAAAAGAAGAAGCCUUGAGUUUCAUCAAGGAAGUGUGUAUACCUCAACCUUGGUAUUUAUCAAUAUGUAUCGACGAUCGAUCCAUUGGAUUCUUAUGGGUAAUCCAUCCGGCCAUGUCGGAUUGUCUUCAUGAGAAGGUAAAUGAAGCUGUAGAUAUAGGUUACGCGAUUGCAGUUGAGUAUUGGGGGAAAGGAAUUGCUACAAAGGCACUCAAAAUGGCAAUCCCUCAAGUGUUUAAUGACUUCCCUCAAAUAGUAAAGAUUAUAGCGUAUGCUGUUUUGGAGAAUAAGGCUUCUCAUAGGGUUUUGGAGAAGGCUGGGUUUCACUACGAACGUUCACUAACUUUGUAUGGCGACUUCAAGGAAUAUGGAAAUAAGGUUGUUUUAGUAGUAUACAACUUACUAUCCACAAAUAUAUAA